ACAUCUGUGAGAAGCAGUUUAUAAGUGCUUUUUUCUCAAGCUUUGAAUAGAUCAAACCAACUCGUGGGGUUUGAACCAAAUAAAAUAAAAAAGGGAAAGAAAACUCAAACGUUGAAUACAGAAAACUUUCACCCACCUUUCUCUCUUCUGUCUAUCUUCCAAUUCCACAGCAACCAAAAAGCCCAAAACUUUUUGGUUGCCCUUGAAUUCAAAGCGUUCGUCUUUUUCCAAAUUUUCCAUCUUCCAAGUUUCCAAUUCCGUCGUUUUGACACGUAUUCGAAGGAGACCAGUGGGAAUAGUUGUUUGUUGUUUGAGGUAUAUAUAUAUAUAUAUAUAUAUAUAGCAGUCAGACUCAACUCAAAUCCCAUCUCCCAAUUCCAUUCAUUAUCUCUUUGGAGUUUCGAAAUUUCAAAAGCACUUUUUAGGACUUUGUGAAAAUCCCAUUUCAGGUUAGGUGACGAUUUUGCGCCUUUCGACUUGAACUUGAUAGAGAAAUUCUUAUGGGUUUAUCCCUCUCACUUCUUGCCUCAGCCUGGGAAGAAAUUGUGAAGCACAGAUUCUUUCAAUUGACCUACAACAUCAGUUUAACUCCCAGAGAUGGAGGACCACAAGUUACUCUAAGAACACACAGCUUCAAGAGUGAAUCCGAAUCCUUGGCAGUUAUUUCAGACAGUUCGAGCAAGUCGGGCAUUACCAAUUCGAAUCGCUUGAGGGAAAGCAAACCCGAAAACGUGAUGCUCGACAGGAAUCUUUCGUUUAAGGGUCUUGUGCAAGAUAACCAAGACAUGGGGUUAGAGUUCUGUAAAGGCAAAAAUGAAUUGAAGCACAAACCAAUGCCUGCACUUGCUCUGCCUGAACCGGCGAUUUUGUUUACGCCAAGGCCGGUUAGCGAGCUUGAUGCUGCUGCUGUUAAGCUUCAGAAGGUUUACAAGAGUUACCGGACCCGAAGAAACCUUGCUGAUUGUGCUGUGGUGGUUGAGGAGCUCUGGUGGAAGGCAUUAGAUUUUGCAGCUCUGAAGAGGAGUUCUGUGUCAUUCUUCAAUGUUGAGAAGCCGGAAACUGCUGUUUCGCGGUGGGCGAGGGCUAGGACUAGAGCAGCCAAGGUUGGAAAGGGUUUGUCCAAGGAUGAGAAGGCACAAAAAUUGGCUCUUCAACACUGGCUUGAAGCGAUUGAUCCACGACAUCGGUAUGGACACAAUUUGCACUUUUACUAUGACAUCUGGUUUGAAAGUGAGAGCAGCCAACCUUUCUUCUACUGGUUGGAUGUCGGAAAUGGGAAAGAAAUAAACAUCGAGAAAUGCUCAAGGGCAGUUCUUCAACGUCAAUGCAUCAAGUAUCUUGGACCGAUAGAAAGAGAAGCAUAUGAAGUAGUAGUCGAAAAUGGGAAGCUUUUAUACAGGCAGAGUGGGGUGCUUGUGAGCACAAAUGAAGGUUCCAAAUGGAUAUUUGUCCUCAGCACAACAAGGUCUCUGUAUGUUGGUCAGAAGAAGAAGGGUCAGUUCCAACAUUCAAGUUUUCUAGCAGGUGGUGCCACCACUGCAGCCGGAAGAUUGGUUGCCCGUGACGGGAUUCUUGAGGCUAUUUGGCCAUACAGUGGUCAUUACCACCCAACAGAAGAGAACUUCAUGGAAUUUAUCAGCUUUUUAGAAGAUAAUCACGUCGACCUCUCCAAUGUUAAGAGGUGUGCAGUUGAUGAUGACUUCUCUUAUACGAAGACCACUGAAGGGGAAUCAACAAAGGAGGGUUCAUUCAAAUCGACCGAAUCCGACGGUGCAAACAAAACUGACUUGGCCAGCAAGGCUCCAAUCACAACCGUUCAAGAACAAACUAAGAAGGUUGACAGUGCCAAUGCCAAGCCACCAGUUUUUGACAUGCCCAGGCGCUUGUCAUGCAAAUGGACAACAGCAACCGGACCCCGAAUCGGGUGUGUUCGGGACUACCCGACCGAACUACAAUCCAGGGCACUUGAACAAGUUAACCUGUCUCCUAGAGUCGGUCCUGGGCCGUCGGUACGUUAUGGCCCAAUUCCUUCUCCAAGGCCUAGCCCAAAGGUCAGGCUCUCACCCCGGCUCGCAUAUAUGGGCCUCCCUAGCCCAAGGACCCCAAUCGCCGCUGCCAACUAAGCUCGCCGAAGGGCACAGUAUGUUCGUGGGCUGGAGUUAGUUACAGUAGGUUAAUAAUGGGCCGAAGAAGCCGUACCUGGUGGGUAGUCAUCGUGCCAGAAGAAUGGUGGGCCUUUUGCUAAGCCCAAUAAGGAUGAGUUAAGGGGACUAACCCAAUUUUUUCGUUCCUUUGAUUCUUUCAUCAAGUUUAUUUUGAAGUCAUUUAAUUUUUUUGUACAUGCCUUGACUAAUCCAAAUUGCAAUUUUUUUUUUAAAAUUUUGUACCGAUUUAAUUCAUGUAAUCUUGGGUCGGGUCGGGUUCAAUUUAUUCAUUAUUUGUAUACCGGAAGUCGAGAUCAGUGAAUAAUACUAUGAUAUUCAAAAGUUCAUCCAAA